GAAGAAUUUCUUUUAUGGUAUUGAUAACUGCCCUAAGUAGUAAAGUGUAUUAGACAGUGGAAGUGCAAAAUAGCGCUUACGCAAAAUUAGAGGGGUACGUUUGACAUACCUAAAGCGCGACUGUAACAUUUGAGAAACACAGAGAAUCGAUAAAUCUGCGUAGGUAAGAUUGAAGAGGCAAUGGAGGGUCAAGAAGGAAUUCAGGAGCCCAAGUUGGUAUUAGCCCACAAGAUCUUUCUUCUCAGGCAUCCCGAUGUGCCCGACAUCGAGAAAAUCAAUCUCAAGGACGAGGUUCUCAGUCUCGUUCAGGCUGAUGGUAUGGCCUUGCUCUACGAAUCAUUAUGCUCAGAGUUAGGGUGGACUAUGGAUCAAACCCUCUUGCAAACUAUGCAACUUAAAAUUCAAGACGACCUAAUCAAGCUCGACGAAAAGAUUACUGAUGCAGAGGAAAAUCUAGGUGAAAGUGAAGUACGAGAGGCACACCUUGCAAAAUCUUUGUAUUACAUACGCAUUGGUGAUAAGGAGAAGGCUUUGGAACAAAUGAAAGUCACUGAAGGCAAGACUGUUGCCGUGGGCCAGAAGAUGGACUUGGUUUUCCACACCCUUCAGCUUGGGUUCUUCUUCAUGGACUUUGAUCUAAUUUCUAAAGGAAUUGACAAAGCAAAGAAUUUGUUCGAUGAAGGAGGUGAUUGGGAAAGGAAGAACCGAUUGAAGGUGUAUGAGGGCCUUUACUGUAUGUCUACACGAAAUUUCAAGAAAGCAGCAGAACUAUUUUUAGAUUCUAUAUCAACAUUUACAACUUAUGAGCUUUUCCCAUAUGAUGUCUUCAUAUUCUACACUGUGUUGACCAGUAUCAUCUCAUUGGACAGAGUCUCUCUCAAGCAAAAGGUUGUGGAUGCACCUGAGAUUUUGACUGUGAUUAGCAAGAUACCACAUCUUUCUGAUUUUCUUAACUCCCUAUAUGGCUGUCAGUACAAGUCAUUUUUUAUUGCUUUUGCUGGUUUAACAGAUCAAAUAAAACUGGAUCGCUACUUGCAUCCACAUUUUCGGUACUACAUGAGAGAGGUCCGCACUGUUGUAUAUUCACAGUUUCUAGAAUCCUACAAAAGUGUAACUAUGGAGGCCAUGGCAAAAGCUUUUGGUGUCAGUGUUGAUUUCAUUGACACGGAGCUCUCUCGUUUCAUAGCUGCAGGCAAGCUUCAUUGCAAAAUUGAUAAAGUUGCUGGUGUUUUAGAAACCAACAGACCAGAUGCCAAGAAUGCUCUUUACCAGGCAACAAUUAAGCAAGGAGACUUUCUUUUGAAUCGUAUUCAGAAGCUCUCCAGAGUAAUUGACCUUUAAGCUCUGGAAUGAGUUUGCUUUCAGUAGCUGCUCGAGGGUGAUUUUGAAGCCUGAUAGGACUUAAUGAAUGUUGAUCAUGUUCUAAAUGAGUAAAUGGCAACUUUUCUUUUGUCAA